AUGGCAGCCGUCUUGGAUGCCUUGGCACCCUACGUCAAGAAGCUGAUAACAGACAUAGCACAAGAAGAGGUUUCCAUGUUGCUGGGCAUCUCUGGUGAGAUCACCAAGCUGGAUGCCAGGAUGGAGGACCUUAGAGCCUUUGUCUCGGAUGCUGAUAGGAGACGGAUCACUGACCAGAAUGUGCAAAGAUGGGUUAGCAAGCUGAAGGAUGCUAUGUACGAUGCCACCAACAUCAUGGAGCUUUGUCAGCUCGAGGCCCAUGAGCGCAGGGAACAGGAAGAAGGUGGCAGCAGCAGGGAGCAGAAUCUUGUAGCUUGUUGCCAGCCACUUCUGAUGUGCCUUGGGAACCCCAUCGCCACACUCAUCACGUGCGGGAAUGCAGAGAAGAUACAAGAUUUCUUCCAGCGACUCCUCUUCUUCCUACAGAAUCCCGUGUUCGCCCAUGAGAUAGGCAGCCGCAUUAUGGAGCUCAACCAGCGGUUGGACGAAAUCCACAAGGAAGCGGACAAGUAUAGGUUCAACAUGAACCUCGGUCCCAACCCGGAGCCAAGGAAGCUAACUGCUGCUGAGUUCUCCAGCUAUAGGACAAGUUCACAGGUCGACGAGUCAGCCAUAGUUGGAGAACAGAUAGAGAGGGAUACAAGGGAGCUCAUCCAGGUGCUAACCACAGAAGAUAACAAUCACAACCUCAUCAAGGUCGUGUCUAUCAUUGGUGCCGGUGGCAUGGGUAAGACCACCCUCGCCCAAAAGAUCUUCAAUCAUGCAACCAUCCAAGAGCACUUCAAAACAAAGAUAUGGCUAAGCAUCACCCAGCAAUUCGAUGUUGUUGAGCUACUGAGGAUAGCAAUCGAAAAUGCUGGCCGAGACCAUGGUGGGAAGCAAGACAGGAGCACGCUGACUGAGACCCUCAUCAACACCAUAUCCACAGGCAGGUUUCUGCUUGUGAUGGAUGAUGUGUGGAGUCAUGAGGCUUGGAACCAUGUGCUUAGUGUCCCAGUCAGGAAUGCCAGCAAGAAACUACCUGGAAGCCGGGUCCUUGUCACUACAAGAUCUGCACACCUACCCCAACAGAUGCAAGCCCCCCUGCACCAACACCGUGUCAGGCCUCUAGAGAAUGAUGAUGCUUGGUCUUUGCUCAAGAAACAGUUGCAGCCUGACCAGGUAGUCGAAAUUGAACAACUGAAAACUAUUGGGAUGGAAAUUCUUGAAAAUUGUGAUGGCUUACCGCUUGCAAUUAAAGUGAUUGGAGGUCUCUUGAGCACAAGAUACCCAAGCGAGCAUGAGUGGAAAUCUAUUUUGAACAAGCCAGCUUGGUCACUGACCGGACUGCCUCCAGAACUAGACAACCGGUUAUACUUGAGCUAUGAGGACUUGCCUCCCCAGAUAAAGCAAUGCUUUCUAUACUGCUCACUAUUCCCUAAAGGUGAAGAACUCAUAUCUGAAGUAGUAACUAGGAUGUGGAUUAGUGAAGGAUUUAUCCAACCUUUGGAUGGUAGUAGUAAUAUUUCACAUGGGUAUGGGUUCGAAGAGAUGGCAACUGAGUACUACCGAGAGUUAAUAAAGAGGAACCUUAUAGAACCUAUAGAAGAAUAUUCUCUCACUGGAUACAAGUGUACCAUGCACGAUGUGGUCCGCACCUUUGCUGAAUACAUGGCAAGAGAAGAAUCACUAGUGGUGGUUGGCAGAGAACAUGCUGCUACUGGUAUUGGUGGCGGUGGUGGUGGUAUGCAUGUCCGUCGCCUCUCUAUAGAACAGACCGUAUCAGUACUGGAUUGGGGCAUUCUGCAAAGACGAGAGUCACUUAGGACAUUAAUUAUAAAUUCUAGAGUAAACUUUCAUCUUCCUGGUGACUCGCUGAGUAGUUUCUCUAGCCUACGGGUACUGUACAUAUGCUCUGCUGAUUCUAAUAGAUUGGUUCCCUCUCUAUCUAUUUUGAAGCACUUAAGAUACCUUCACUUGGAGAAAACUGAUAUAUCUAGGCUACUGUACAUUACACUUGGAAAUUGUAAGAAGCUAUGCCACCUUCCUAGCAGCAUCAUAAAACUUGUGCAUCUAAGGUCUCUUAACAUCGAAGGAUCAAAUGUUAGUGUCAUUCCUAAGGGGUUCAGUGAAUUAACAAAUCUGAGGUUACUUUCUGAUUUCCCAGUACACAUGGACAUGGAUCCGAGUAGUAUCUGGUGCAGUUUGCAAGAGCUGGAGCCUCUCUCUCAGCUUAGGAACCUUACAUUAUAUGGCCUAGAGAAGGUGCAGGACAGCCAGAUGGCUGAAAAGGCCAUGAUUAGCAGCAAGCGCCACCUUGGGUAUCUAGUGUUGAACUAUAGUGCAAGUGGACAUACUAUAGGGAUAGGUGGUGCUGAGGCAGAGCAGCAGCAACAACAGAGUGUGACCGAGGAAGUCUUGAAAAAGCUCUGCCCUCCAACCUGCCUAGAAUCUUACUUUGGAAGUUUGGAAUUGCUGACCAUCAAAGAUGCGCCAGCCAUCAAGCGUAUUGGCCCCCAAUUCCAAGCGUCAUCCUCCGUGGCAGCUAGAGGUUCCGAUGCUAGUACAUCUGCACCGUUUCCUAAACUCAGAAAUCUGCAAUUGAUUGGGCUAUGUGAGUGGGAAGAGUGGGAAUGGAACGACUGUGAGGAGCAUAUGGAUGUGGAAACUACCAUAGCCAUGCCUUGUCUGGAGAGACUCCAAAUCAAAAACUGCAAGCUGAGCUGUCUUCCACCAGGCCUCGCCAGCACCAACCUGACACAUGUGGAUAACUUCCCUUCAGUUGUGGAUCUUGAUGUGUUUGACUGCCCUGAGCUGAAGAGGAUCAGCGGACUCCCCAUGUUGCAGAAGAUUAGGAUCGUUCACUGCACAAAGCUGGAGGUUCUAGAAGGUGUACCAGCACUCGACAGCCUUGAACUGGAGGACCCCACCAUGGAGACGUUUCCGGAAUACCUGCGAGAUGUAGCUCCGAAUGGGACAAGAUCAGCCACAUUGGAAGGCACAACAUUGUCUGCCUCGAAGAUUCAGAUACAAGUUCGGAUGGAUCUUCAGAUGAACAUUGAGGACUCUCGUGCAGUCAGUGCACUAAUAUAUGCAAGGCCCUCUGCUUUUCGAGGGAGGCAGAGCAAAUGGCCAGGAGCAGCCUUCACUACUCUGAAAAUUGGUAACUGCAAGCUGAACUAUCUUCCGCCAGGGCUUGCCAGCAGCAAGAGGCUUUCUCUGAGAGAAUUGGAACUGCACAAUCUGGCCAACCUGACCCAUGUGGAGAACUUCCCUUCGGUUGUGAUAGUGGACGUGAUUCAUUGCCCAAAGCUCAAGAGGAUCAGGGGCCUCUCCAGGUUGCACAAGAUUAAGAUCUCCUGUUGCCUGAAUUUACAGGUGCUGGAAGGUGUCCCCGCACUCGAUGGCAUGGAGCUGCAGGACGCCACCAUGGAGACAAUUCCGGGAUACCUGCUAGGUGUAUACCCAAGGUAUCUCGAUUUUUUGGGGUGCAGCCAGAAGCUACAAGAGUCCUUAGUACAACAAGAUAAGUCUGAACUUGACAAAAUCAGCCAUAUCAGAAAGCACGACAUCUACAUUCUGUGUUCGGAUGAAGUCUGA